AUGCGCCGCCAGGCGCUGCAGCAACUGUCUCUCUCCUGCCGACAAUCGACACCGCGCCAGGUCGCCGGCGUUGUCUACCGGCGCCAUGUUCAGAUCAGCGCGACGCCAUCGUCAACAGAGCCGCAACAGAGCUUAGAGUCGGCCUCAAGUCGCGCUCUGCCAGCUGCUGAGAGGUUUCCUUCAGAUGCGCGCUUCGAAGUGCUCGGCGGUUCCUUCUCCCUCCUCUCCGCCAGCAUAUCCGCCUCGCAACAUCUCUACACGCGCAAGGGCAGCCUCGUCGGCUUCAAUGGCAAGCCGGACAAUGCUGUUUCCACGCUGUCACUCCUCGAGCCCUUUCGACGAGCCUUCCUCGGCAUUCCAUUCAUCUACCAAAAGGUCUCUUCGACCACGCCAUUCACCGCAUUGAUCGCGACCAAAUCACCCAUCACAUCUCUCGUCGUCGUACAUCUCGAUGGAAGGCUAGACUGGAUGGUCGCGCAGAGGAAUUCGCUACUGGCGUGGACAGGACACACGCUCAACCUCGCGCCACGCUUCAACACCUCCAUGAGCAUCGCUCACUGGGGCAACACCCGCCUCACCGGCCGCGGCCUGGUCGCCCUCUCCGGCAAAGGCCUCAUCCAUCAGAUCACGCUCAAGGCCGGCGAGGAAUACGUCGUCCAUCCCAGCAGCGUCAUCGCCUACAGCAUGAUGCAGCAUGCGCCCCAACCCUUCCGCUUCAAAUCCUCCAGUCUGCGCCUGCAGAUCCCCAAUCCACUCUCCUGGCUGCCGGACACGCGGUUCUGGCGCACGAUGCGCGAAGCCGCCGUCUGGCGCUUCCUCCGCGAGACGGCGUUCGCCCUGAGGACGUGGACGAGGAGGUCGAUCUGGGGAGACAGGCUCUUCCUCCACUUCCGCGGACCCGUCACCAUCCUCGUCCAAUCCCGCUCCGGCAACGCCCUCUCCGACAGCCUCACCACGCGCGACGUCAACGAGAUCGCCGACGCGCCCGCCGGCGCCGUCCCGUCCGCCCUGACCAUCUCGCCGUCCGACGCGCGGUUAUCGGAUCCCACGAGGACAUCAUCGACUUCUCUACCUCCGUCAUCUUCCGCGUCGCCGACGAAGAUGACUUUCGCGAGCGUGGGCGGGGACGGCAAGGUCGCUUUUGAGAAAUCAUGA